AUGUCUUGGAUUCCCCCAAACCUGGCCGAGUUAUGUGCCACUAGCAGCACAGCGUCAAAUUGUCAAACAUCGGCAAUCAUAUUUCUGAAACUUAUCUUUCAUACAUUUAUAUCUUCAAAGCCAAAAGUUUAUCUGCCCAAAAACCUACCGGAAAAGUAUGAUUUUAUUAUUGUUGGAGCUGGCUCAGCUGGAUGUGUACUGGCUAAUCGUUUGACAAAGUGGAAACCGUGGAACGUACUUUUAUUAGAAGCAGGAAUAGAGACACCCAAUAUUACCGAAGUACCAGCAUUUUUUUCUUUAACACAAAAUACUAAUGUGGAUUGGAAUUUUCAAACCCAACCUGAAAAUACUUCGUGUCUGGCAACUAAAGGUUGUAACAUUCCUAGUGGAAAGGUAAUGGGUGGUACUGCUGAAUUAAACGGAAUGUUGUACGCAAGAGGGAAUGCUGAAGAUUACGAUGAUUGGGGUAAAUCAGGUAACCCUGGCUGGAGCUAUAAAGAUGUUCUACCAUAUUUCAAAAAGUCUGAAGACAACAGAGAUAAAGAGAUUUUACAGAAUAAUCCAGGCUAUCAUGGUACGGGUGGAUAUCAAUCAGUAGAAAGAUUUUCAUACAAAGACAUAAAUGCGCAAAAUAUCCUGAAAGCCUGGCAGGAACUGGGUUAUAAGGUCUUGGACGUGAAUGGAAAAGAACAAUUGGGUGCAAUGAUUUCUCAAGCGACUGUAAAAGAUGGCCAACGUCAAAGUACCAACACUGCAUAUAUUCGACCGAUCAGAUAUAAAAGGCCGAAUUUAUUUAUCGAAACCGAGGCUUAUGUCACGAAAAUUAUCAUAGAUUCAGCAACCAAAACUGCCAUCGGUGUUGAGUACACCUCUACUGCUAACAACUUGAAAACAAAAAAAGUGGCACAUGUCAAGAAAGAAGUAAUUGUUUCUGCCGGGACUAUAAACUCUCCAAAGUUAUUGAUGCUUUCUGGUAUAGGUCCAUCUCAAGAUCUCCAGAAACUAGGUAUAGAAAUAAUAAAAAAUUUACCAGUAGGAAAGAAUUUCCAAGAUCACGUCUCCUUCAAAGGAAUCCAUAUUCGGUUAAGCAACAAAACAAUAACAACAAAACCUUACGAACAGAAAAAGGCAGAUUUAAAUGAGUAUCUACGAAAACAUAGUGGUCCAUUGUCAUCAACAGGAACUAGUAUUGUAAAUUCGUUUGUUCGAACAAAGUAUGCAGGAAGUAAAGAUGCACCAGAUGCUAAUUUUUUAUUCUCAGGCUUGGACUCUAUAAAUUUGAAUUCUCCUAGAGUUGAAUCCUACUACAACACAAUCCUGAUGCUUCCUAUUUUACUUACUCCUAAAAGUAGAGGAUUCAUCAAACUUAAUAAUGAGGAUCCUGUCUGGGGGCAACCUCUAAUUUAUCCUGGAUAUUUUAAAGAUAACUCUGACGUAAAUCGUAUGCUGGAGAUUAUACAGAUAGGUCUAAAUUUAUUUAAUACCAAAUCAUUUGAGAAGAAUGAGUACACGUUAAUUAAUUCUGCUCAAACACCUUGCAAUCAUUUGACUUUUAACACCGACGCCUAUUGGAUUUGUUUGAUGAGAAACAAUACCGCAAGUAUGUAUAAUCAAGUAGGCACUUGCAAAAUGGGACCUAAAGGAGAUCCAGAAGCUGUUGUGAAUCCUAGAUUGAAAGUUUAUGGAGUUGAACGACUUCGAGUUAUUGAUGCAUCUAUAAUGCCUCAUGUUCCAAGAGGAUGCAUAAACGCACCGACAAUCAUGAUUGCUGAGAAUGCUUUCGAUAUGAUCAUGGCAGAUUGGGCAGAAUAUCCUGACUGA